UUGCUUGUAACCUGUUUCUUUUGCCUAAAGUAUAUCAUGUGGAGGCUGAAGAUAGCAGAUGGUGGAAAUGACCCCAACAUAUUCAGCACAAAUAACUUUCUAGGAAGACAGACAUGGGAGUUUGAUCCAAAUGCUGGUACUUCUGAGGAGAGAGCUCAAGUUGAAGCUGCUCGUCAACAUUUCUAUGAUAACCGUUUCAAGGUUAAGGCCUGCAGUGACCUUCUUUGGCGCUUUCAGAUUCUAAGAGAAAAAAACUUCAAACAAACAAUAUCAAGUGUGAAGAUAGAAGAUGAAGAGGAUAUAACAGAUGAAAAAGUGGUAAUCACUUUGAAAAGGGCUGUGCAUCACCUAUCAGCAUUGCAAGUCAGUGAUGGCCAUUGGCCAGCUCAUUUUGCGGGUCCUUUAUUUCUUACUCCUCCCUGGGUUUUUUGUUUGUAUAUAACAGGACAUCUUGAUUUAAUAUUUAAAGAAGAAUAUCGCAAAGAGAUUCUCCGUUACAUAUAUUGUCAUCAGAAUGAAGAUGGAGGGUGGGGACUUCACAUAGAGAGUCAUAGUACCAUGUUUUGUACUGCAUUUAAUUACAUAUGCAUGCGAAUUCUUGGAGAAAUGCCUCAUGAAGGUGAAGAGAAUGCUUGUGCUAGAGCUAUAAAAUGGAUUCGUGAUCAUGGUGGUGUAACACAUAUACCUUCAUGGGGAAAAAUAUGGCUUUCGAUACUUGGCAUAUUUGAUUGGAGCGGAUGCAAUCCCAUGCCUCCCGAAUUUUGGAUUCUUCCUUCAUUUCUUCCAGCUAAAAUGUGGUGUUAUUGUCGAUUGGUUUACUUGCCUAUGUCUUAUUUGUACGGAAAAAAGUUUGUAGGCCCAAUCACACGACUUAUUGAAGAGUUGAGAGAAGAACUCUUUAUUCAACCUUAUAAAAAAGUUGAUUGGAGAAAAGCACGUCAUCAAUGUGCUAAGGAAGAUCUUUACUAUCCACAUCCUUGGAUACAAGACAUAAUAUGGGAUAGUUUAUACAUGUUUUCCGAGUCACUUUUGAGUUGUUGGCCUCUUAAUAAGUUGGUUAGAGAAAAAGCUCUCCAUAUAACGAUGAAGCAUAUUCACUAUGAGGAUGAGAAUAGUCGAUACAUAAACUUGGCAUGCGUGGAAAAGGUUUUAUGCAUGCUAGCUUGUUGGGUAGAAGAUCCAAAUGGUGAUGCUUUUAAAAAGCAUAUUGCAAGGCUACCAGAUUACUUAUGGAUUUCAGAAGAUGGAAUGACAAUGCAGAGUGUUGCUGGUAGUCAGUUAUGGGAUGCUGUUUUUUCAGUUAAAGCAUUACUUGCCACUGACCUAAUUGAAGAAACAGGUUCUACACUUGCCAAAGCACAUGAUUACAUCAAAAAAUCUCAGAUAAGGGAUAACCCUUCAGGAGAUUUUAAGAGCAUGUAUCGUCACAUUUCUAAAGGGUCGUGGCCAUUCUCUGAUCAAGACAUUGGAUGGCAAGUUUCUGAUUGCACCGCAGAAGCUUUAAAGUGUUGUCUACUUUUAUCAAUGUUGCCUCCAGAGAUUGUGGGGGAUAAGAUGGAACCAGAACGAUUAUAUGAUUCUAUCAAUUACAUGUUUUGUUUAUUCGUGCAGAGUAAAAAUGGGGGUUUAGCAGCGUGGGAGCCAGCUGGAACUCAAAAAUGGUUUGAAAUGUUCAAUCCCACUGAACUAUUUGCAGACCUUAUUGUUGAACAUGAAUAUGUUGAAUGCACCGGAUCAAUAAUUCAAGCUUUAGUUUUAUUUAAGAAGAUGUAUCCACAGUUUAAAGCAAGCGAGAUAGAUGAUUGCAUUGCAAAUGCAGUUCAGUUUAUUGAAGAUUCACAAACAACUAAUGGUUCAUGGUUUGGAAAAUGGGGAAUUUGCUUCAUUUAUAGUACUUGGCAUGCACUUAAUGGUCUAGAAGCUGCUGGCAAGACUUACACAAAUUGUCCUGCCAUUUCCCGUGCCUCUAAAUUUCUACUUCAAACACAAAGAAAAGACGGUGGAUGGGGGGAGAGCUUUCUUUCAUGCUUAAAAAAGACAUAUGUUCCCCUUGAAGAAGAAGUUCGAUCCAAUGUUGUUCAAACAUCAUGGGCUCUUAUGGGCUUAAUUCAUGCCGGCCAGGCAGAAAUAGAUCCUACUCCUCUUCAUUGUGCUGCAAAAUUAAUCAUCAAUUCUCAAUUAGAAGAUGGGAAUUGGCCUCAACAGGAAAUCACAGGAGCAUCAUUGAAAACUCUCAUGUUACAUUAUCCAAUGUAUACAAGUACUUUUCCAAUGUGGGCAUUAGCUGAGUAUCGUAAGCGCGUUUUAUUGUCAUCCACUGUAUUAACACAAUAGAAAGAUGUGAGCAAAAGACAGAUGGAACCAUAUCUAUAAUAAUGAAUAAGGUGAAUCUGAAGGGGAAUCAUGAGAAAAAAGUUGUGCACUUUAUUAUAUAUUAAUUUCUUACAUAUGUACUUAUUCAAUAUUAUUAAAUCUUAUAUUUAAUUAGUAUUGAUUUUGUAUUACUCGCAAACAAAAGUUGUUGAAUUAUGUAGUAA